UUGCGUUAAGACGAACAUUGUUACCUCCUUAUGACAUCCGAUGGAUAUAAACAUGACUCCGGCAGAUGGCGAUCAUACAGUGGCCACGCGAUCUGCGUUUUGGCCGCACUCGUCGGAUUUGUUUGCGCUGGUUACAAAGCUGGAGGAUACGGUGGCAGCGGAGGACACGGUGGUGGUUACACAGGAGGUAGAGGAUACGGAGGUGGUGGAGGAUACGGAGGUGGUGGAGGAUACGGAGGUAGUGGAGGAUACGGUGGUAGCGGAGGAUACGGUGGUAGCGGAGGAUACGGUGGUAGCGGAGGAUACGGUGGUAGUGGAGGAUAUGUUAGUAGCGGAGGAUACGGUAGUAGUGGAGGAUACGGUGGUAGCGGAGGAUACGGUGGUAGCGGAGGAUACGGAGGAAGCGGCGGACAUGGAGGAAGCGGAGGCUACGGAGGAGCUGGAUAUGGAGGUAGCAGUUAUGGAAGUAGCAGUUACGGCGGGCAAGUCGAAGCUACGGUGCCACUAGUUACAGCAGUAACGGCGGUGGAGGAUACGGGAACAGCGGCCACGGUGCGGGAGGACACGGCCAUGGCGGAGGAGGGUAUGGCAGCAGCAGCUAUAGUGGAGGAGGAUCCGGCAGCAGCAGCUAUGGUGGAGGAGCAGGUUACGGUAGUAGCGGACAUGGUGGAGGAGGUUACGGCUGCAGUAGCCAUGACGGAGGUUACGGAAGCAGUCACGGGGGAGGCCAUAGUGGAGCAGGAUACGGACCUUAUGGUAAAGGUAGUGGAGGCUACGGUCGAUGAUCUCGUCAAAGCAGCGUCCAACUUCUGGAACAGCAUUUACUUUCCUCACUUGUCCUGUUUUCCUGUCAAACAAAAUAAAGAAUUAAGAUGUGCAACAUGUACGUGAAAAAUAAAACUGAU